UUUAUAAAAACAAAAAUUCUGUCUAUGAUGAAGUUCUUUGAUCAAUGGUUAAAAUUAUAGAGAACUAGAACAUAACCUUAAAAUGAUAUUUUUAACGGUUUUCGUAUAUUAAAGCCGACGGUGAAAUUUCUAUGCUACUGAGUUAAUAAAUUAAGUCAGGUCAAAUUUGAUUUGCAUUUGUAUUUUAUUAAUAUAAAAAAUCAUAUGAAACUUACACCAUAAUAAAAAUGUUGCAAUUUAAUACAAUAGUUUGUACUGCAUCUGCAAAAUUUACUUCUCGAUUAUGGUGGAAAUUAAGUAUGCCAUUGACAACAAAUGCAGCAGCAGUUUCUGAUACUGCUAAUAAGUUACAGCAAGUAAGAAAAAACAUAAAAAAAGAGACUCCUAAACCACAUACAAAUUUUGACUUAUUGAAGAAAGAAGUAUGUAAUUUUCUACAUAUGAAAUCUAUAGAUACAGUUAAUGUAACAAAGGCUACAAAUAUAGAAGAAAUUAUGGAAAUGACAGAGACAUCAUUAUUGUCUCCAGAAGAUAAUGCAACGAUUAAAAAAAUCAUUGAUACGUGGGUAGCAAAUAAUAAUAAAGUUCAACAAAUUGUUAAUAAAAGUGAGAAGCCUACAAAUGAACAAUCUAUAGAUACUAGUGACAUGGUUUUUGAUUUAGAUCACAAGUAUGGUUCUGUUUCCACAUCUGGACUAAUCAGGGAAGUAUCAAUGUUGACACAAAACAACAAUAGAAAUGUACCAGUUAUAAGAUACAUAUUUAACAAUAUUCUUAAAUACAAUAAUAUGUUAAGCCCAGGGCAAUGUGCAAGUUUAAUGUAUUGUAUGGGCAAAUUGAAUUUUUCAGACGAGAGAUUACUUAACAAAAUUUGUAUUGAUUUGGAGCAUAAGUUUUCCAAUUCUAAGUCAUAUUCUUCAAAACUGAUAUCUAUAGUAAACUCUAUGGCACAUAUCAGAUAUAAAAAUAAAAACUUUUUGGAAAGAAUGUGCGACGUAAUUAUACGUCCUGACUAUGCAAUUAGCUAUGCACAACUAAUAAAACUCUUACUGUCAUUAGCAAUAUUAGGCCAUGAAUCAAAGGGAGUAGACAACAUAAUAGAAAAAUUUCUGCCAGCUAUAACUACCUUAGGAAAUACUUUCGAUUAUUUAAACUUGGUAUGGUCGUUAACUGUACUUAAUAAAGCAAACAAUGAGUGCAUUAGCAGACUAUUUGAUGAUGAUUUUAUUACAAAACUUACUUCUGCAAAAAAUUGCUUUGAUACACACAUAUUAAAAUUAUUGAAUAUCGAUGCAUAUGCAAAAUAUAUAUUGAAAGAUUAUUCAGGACCACUUUUAAAUGGUACUGUGGAGCCUAUAACAAAAAAGUAUACAACUCAAAAGAAAUUAUACCUUGAGAUGCUUGAAGAUACAUUGAAAAACGUACUUCCAUCUCCAUCUUAUUUCCGAAUGAAUAUAAAUACGAAUAUGGGCUUUCUUUUAGGUGCAGAAUUAUAUUUAGACUCUAAUAGUAGACCUGUUUGUGUAAAUGCUGUUAAAGAUGAUUGCAGGAAGAUAGGUAUAAUGAUGUAUGAUUUUUAUGAAUUGAGUUUAGGAUCUUUAGAACCACUUGGAUUAGUUAAUCUUUAUACGCGUUUAUUACAAGCCUGUCAAUAUGAAGUUAUAAAUAUUUCAUACAAUCAUUUCGGUGUAGAAGAUAAGCCGGAAAAACGUGCAAUGUACUUGAGAAGUCGGCUAUGGAAUAAAUAUAAUAAUGACUCAUUUUAUAAAAAUGCUGUAAAAUAAUAGCCAUUGAAAAAGUACAUUUUUAUUACAUGUAAUAUUUCGUAAAUACAAAUGCGUACAAAAUGUUA